UCCAAAGAAACCCACCCUCACAAAAAAAAAAAAAAAAAAUACAAUUUAAUACAGUAUUAGACAGGGGAGUGGUGUGGUGUCUGUCACUUCUGUGUGUACUGACGGAGCUGGGUUACAGUUAGGCCAGUGAACUAUCUUACUAAUAAUAUAUUUAUAUAUUAAUGAUUAAAUAAAUAUUUAACUAUUUAAAUGAACUGUACUGCUUAUAAUAAUACUUAUAAUUAUUAAUUGAGCUAAUUAAUUAUUAAUUAAAGCUAAAAAGUUAAAAUUGUUGUUAUUGUUAUUUUUUCAAUAAGAAUUAAGAUCUAGACUUGCUCCGCCAACCUUGAAAAACACUUAUAUAUCUGAGCAAAUAGAACAGCUCGCAAAAAUCUAUCUGAAUAUUUAACAUAAAUGGGUAACUCCCUAUGUCCAGAAACUGAAUUAGUUAAAAGAAUAUAGUUUCUUCUUCUUCUUCUUCUUUUUAGCUCCUGCAUAUCCUGUACCACACUCCAGUCCAGUCAGUGGCGGUAAUGCACCUAUAAGCUAGUUUGCCAACCGCCAGUAAACACCAAAGAAGAAGAAGACGAUUGCACGUCUAAUGCGCAUGCGCUGUGUACGGCAUGGGGCAUGGAAGGGCAGAGCUGUUAUCAUAACAGACAUGAAUCUAAAAGAAGCGCACAAAUAAUGUGUUUUUACUUUUAAAUCUGCAAGAAAAUCAUAGUAAUUAUUAGAGGCAGUAGAUUUAAGCUUUUACAAUGUUUCGGCAUAGUAAGUCAAUCAUCACGAAACUCAGAAAUUUGAGUUUCCAGGGUUCAUGGAGGUCGAAAGGCAGCUCUGCGGUGGAAAGAGCGCUGCAGUUCACAGUGGGACAGAGGAUCCACGGAUUCACUGUUAAAGAGGUAACUGCAGUGCCGGAUUUGUUCCUAACGGCUGUUAAACUCACCCAUGAUGCCACUGGAGCUCAGUAUCUACACGGAGCCAGAGAUGAUUCUAACAACCUAUUCAGCGUGCAGUUCCGUACUACGCCCAUGGACAGCACAGGGGUUCCUCACAUUCUCGAGCACACAGUUCUGUGUGGUUCUCAGCGGUUCCCCUGCAGAGAUCCCUUCUUCAGAAUGCUCAAUCGCUCUCUCUCCACCUUUAUGAACGCAUUCACGGCAAGCGAUUACACAAUGUACCCGUUCUCCACCCAAAAUGCCAAAGACUUCCAGAACCUCCUGUCUGUCUAUCUGGAUGCUGUUUUCUUCCCUUGUCUCAGAGAACUGGACUUCUGGCAGGAAGGUUGGAGACUGGAACACGAGACCCCCACAGACCCCUCGAGUCGACUGGUGUUUAAGGGCGUUGUCUUCAAUGAGAUGAAGGGAGUGUUUUCAGAUAAUGAGCGAAUUUACGCUCAGCACCUGCAGAAUAAACUGUUCCCGGAUCACACAUAUUCUGUGGUGUCUGGAGGAGAGCCGCUAGCCAUCCCAGACUUGACCUGGGAACAGCUAAAACACUUUCACGCCACACACUACCACCCCAGCAAUGCACGGUUCUUUACGUAUGGGGACUUGCCGUUGGAGCAGCACCUGAAGCAGAUUGAGGAGGAAGCUCUGUCUAAGUUUGAGAGAACAGAAUCCAACACAGCAGUUCCACCACAAACACAAUGGGACAAACCUAGAGCAGAUCAUGUGACUUGCCGACCUGACGCGCUGGCUCCUGACCCCACUAAACAAAAUACACUCUGUAUGAGCUAUCUGCUUGGAGAUAUCACAGACACAUUUGAGGUGUUCACCCUGAGCCUCCUCUCCUCACUGAUGAUCUCUGGUCCAAACUCUCCAUUCUACAAAGCUCUGAUUGAGCCCAAAAUCGGUUCAGACUUCUCUUCAUCAGUGGGGUUUGAUGGCAGCACUAGACGAGCCUCUUUCACCAUCGGCCUUCAGGGCAUGGCUGAGGAUGACAUUGAGCAGGUCAAACACAUUAUUGCCCAAACCAUCGAUGACAUCAUUGAAACCGGUUUUGAAGAGGAUCGGAUUGAAGCUCUGCUGCAUAAGAUCGAGAUUCAGAUGAAACAUCAAUCCACCAGCUUUGGCCUGGCUCUCACUUCAUACAUUGCAUCCUGUUGGAAUCAUGAUGGAGAUCCAGUGCAGCUCUUAAAGAUCAGUGAGAGUGUGUCCAGAUUCAGAAAGUGUUUAAAAGAGAACCCACGCUACCUACAGGAAAAAGUCCAGCAGUACUUUAAGGAUAACACACACAGACUGACCCUGUCCAUGAGUCCUGAUGAGAGAUUCCUGGAGAAACAGGCAGAAGCUGAAGAGCAGAAGCUACAACGGAAGAUACAGAAUCUCACUGAAGCAGACCACAAAGACAUCUAUGAGAAAGGUUUGCAGCUGUUGGCUGCUCAGAGCACAACUCAAGAUGCUUCCUGUCUACCUGCUCUAAAGGUGUCUGACAUCGAGCCGACCAUUCCCUACACACCUGUACAGCUGGAUACUGCCGGUGGUGUGCCUGUGCAGUACUGUGAGCAGCCCACUAAUGGCAUGGUCUAUUUUAGAGCUAUGUGUAACCUCAACUCUCUCCCUGAAGACCUGAAGAUCUACGUUCCCCUGUUCUGCAGUGUCAUCACCAAGUUGGGCUGUGGGGAGCUGGAUUAUCGUCAGCAGGCCCAGCGUAUUGAGCUGAAGACAGGAGGAAUGUCUGUCUCUCCACAAGUCAUACCAGAUAUUGAUGACCUUGAUUUGUAUGAACAGGGUAUUAUCCUCACUUCCUCCUGUCUGGAGAGGAAUCUACCUGAUAUGUUUCAGCUCUGGAGUGACCUAUUCAACAGCCCUCAUUUUGAUGAUGAGGAGCGUCUGCGUGUGCUGGUAAUGAUGUCAGCUCAGGAACUGUCCAAUGGGAUAUCGUACUCUGGUCACAUGUACGCGAUGACACGGGCAGCUCGAUCCCUCACGCCCACGGCUGACCUGCAGGAGAUGUUCGGUGGAAUGGACCAGGUGAAGUUUAUGAAAAGGAUUGCAGAAAUGACUGAUCUCACAUCAGUUUUGAGAAAACUUCACAGGAUAAAGAGGCACCUGUUCAAUCCAGAAAACAUGAGGUGUGCAGUGAAUGCCACUCCCCAGAAAAUGUCUCAUGUCGCUGGGGAAGUCGAGAGUUUUAUUGGUAAUAUAGCAGCCAAUAGGAAGGAGCGCAAACCUGUCAGGCCAACCGUUGUCGAGAGGUCACUGGAUCCUCAAGCUGGAUCAGCUGCAAGUCGGAAACUCAUUUCAGAGCCUCAUUUCAAACCCUGUCAGAUGAAGACGUAUUUCCAGCUUCCCUUUCCUGUGAACUUUGUCAGUGAGUGUGUACGCACAGUCCCGUUCUCACACGCUGAUUACGCCAGUCUGUGUAUUUUAGGAAGUAUGAUGACUGACAAGUUCUUGCAUGGAGAGAUCAGAGAAAAGGGUGGAGCUUAUGGAGGUGGUGCUAGAAUGGGAGGCGGUGGCUUGUUCUCUUUUUAUUCCUUUAGCGAUCCAAACUCCACCCAGACAUUAUCGGCAUUCCGUGGCGGAGUAGAUUGGGCACGAGCGGGAAAGUUUACCCAGCAGGAUAUCGAUGAGGCAAAGCUCUCUGUUUUCUCUGCUGUUGAUGCACCUGUUGCCCCCUCAGAUAAAGGUUUGGAGCGUUUUUUAAAUGGCAUUACAGAUGAAAUGAAGCAAAGACAUAGAGAAAGACUGUUUGCAGUGACUGAUAAAAACCUGAUCGACGUUGCUGGCAGGUAUCUGGGUAUCGGCCAGCAGACAUGUGGUGUGGCUAUUUUAGGCCCAGAAAAUGAAAGCAUCAGAAAAGACCCAUCCUGGUUGGUCAAAUAAGAUGUUUUGUUCCUCGCUUCCUUUUUAUUUGGAACGAGAAAGACAUGCGCGCAUUCCUGGUACACGCACAAAUAAUUCUUACGUUAUGGUUCCGUAACAGAACAGACUCACCAGUUUCUCAAACUCGCACCUGCAUUCACUGUUCUCUUUAUUACCAUCAUAGGCACUUUUUAAAUAAACAGAACAGCUCCUGAAUAUUUACAAGGAUAUUCAAAUGCUCUAAUGUUUACUUUUACAUAUUAUGUUAAUGAUCAUGCUGACCUUUACAGUUUUGUUUGUUUUUGCAGUAAUUUAAAAACCAGCACAAUUCUGCAGGUUUUGCCAUUAGGGGUCUGAGAUCUGUGAAAUAGUAAAAUAUUAUUUAUGGGAUGUAUAGAAUUAUAAUAACAUGUUUAAACAGAAUUAAGUUUUGGAAAACAUUUGAAAUCCUAUGAAAAACUUCACCUUUAUAUCAUUUUAAUUUCAAAUUAUCAAUAAAUGUGCAAUGUGUAGUA